AUGGAUUCCUUUGAAAGUAUUGAUCAUAUGGAAGAUGAAGAUUAUUUUGAUCACGAGGAGUAUAUGAUACAAGCAAUGGCCCUACAUAGACAACAACAUGCAGCCGAGGGAGUAUUUGCUUCACGUCGUCGUAAUUCUCAACCUUGCAUGUUCAUCCGACGUAAUCCAUUGGAAGUUAAAGCUCACGAUGAUUAUUUUGUCCAAAAAAGAGACGCCAGUGGGAGACUUGGAUUGUCCUCCCUUCAAAAGAUAACUACAGCAAUUAGGAUGCUUGCAUAUGGGGUUAUCGUAGAUCUUAUGGACGAGUAUGUAAGAAUUGGAGAAAGCACUGCACGGUUGAGUAUGAAGAAAUUUGUAAAGGCGAUCGUAUCAAUUUUUGGGGGUGAGUACUUGAGGUCUCCAACCAACAGUGAUAUAACGAGGUUACUAGAAGUCGGACAAAACCGUGGGUUUCCAGGAAUGUUGGAUAGCAUUGAUUGCAUGCACUGGAAAUGGAAGAACUGUCCUAGUGCUUGGAAAUGUAUGUACUCUGGUCACAUAAAUGAACCAACUAUUAUUUUGGAGGCUGUUGCGUCUUAUGAUCUUUGGAUAUGGCAUGCUUUUUUUGGUUUGCCUGGGUCUCAUAAUGACAUCAACGUACUCGAUCGAUCUUCUGUUUUUGCUACGUUGGCCGAAGCUCAUGCUCCUCCGUGCAACUACACAAUCAAUGAUCACGAAUACACAAUGGGAUAUUAUCUUGCUGAUGGUAUAUAUCAUUCAUGGGCAACAUUAGUGAAGACAAUUCCUGCUCCACAUGGAAAAAAGAAAAAAUAUUUUGUUGCUUGUCAGGAGUCUAUAAGGAAAGAUGUGGAGCGUGCCUUCGGAGUACUCCAAGCUAGAUUUGCAAUUGUGCGUGGACCUGCUAGGUAUUUUCAGCCCCGAGUUCUAAAAGACAUUAUGUACACAUGCAUUAUCUUGCACAAUAUGAUCAUUGAAGAUGAGCGUCAUCAAUAUCUCGGGGCUGACCAGUUUAUUUACGAAUCCAAUGAUGAUACUCCACAUGAGCCAAUUUCACGCGAUAAUAUACCUGAAUUUAUGGAGUUCAUUGCGCAACAUCAUCGAAUUAGAGAUAGAGGCACUCAUUCUCAACUCCAAGCUGACCUUAUCAAGCAUUUAUGGAAUAUGCAUGGCCGCUCAUAA